UACGCAUGGCGUAUUACAUUCGGAAGAAUAGUCUUUAGUGUAGCCAAAAGAUUAAUCAAAGCUGGGUGCAACAGUGAGCAGCAGCAGAUAAAGAGAUAAGAAAGGCAUAUCUCGAUAAGCAUAUAUAAGAAACGAGCUGAUGAUCCAAAGAAUCCAAGUACGAUGUUUAACUUGGAACUCGACAAAACUGUCAAAAACGACUAUGCAAUUCCUGGUACGGCUGUGAUUAUAGGAAAAGAUGUUGACGAGGUAGACCAACUUGGAUUGUUGCGUAAAAAAGGAACUGACAUUAUUUUGGAUCCCCAACCUUCAUCGGAUCCCAAUGAUCCAUUAAACUGGAGUAUGCCCAGAAAGCUCCUCCAUUUUUUCUUACUUUGCUUUAUUGCAGCCACUGUAGCUGCUGCUUCAGCAUUCAACGGCCCCUUGUAUACAGAAAUGGCUCUAGUAUAUGGGGUGUCGUAUAGCGAGUUGAAUACUGCUACUGCUAUCCAAUUUUUAUUCGUGGCUAUUGGCUGUUAUUUUUCACAACCCUUGGCCAAUAAGUUUGGUAGAAGACCGGUUUAUUUGGUUUCUGUGAUGUUGCUGAUCAUAGCUAGUCUUUGUUUUGGUCUCAAGUUGACUCAGGGUGCUAAUUAUGCUUAUUCCAUUUUGAAUGGUCUACUGGUAGGUCCAGUUGAUUCAUUAGUUGAGGUCUCGAUUUGUGAUGUUUUCUUCCUCCAUGAGCAAGGGCUGUACUUGGCUAUUUAUGCACUUGCUUUGGGCAUUGGAACUGCACUUGCUCCUUUGAUUGCAGGAUAUAUUGAUGUGGGACAGGAUAUGAGUUGGUGUGGUAAAUGGACUUCUAUAACUUGUGGCGUUUUAUUUGUUGCCAUGUUCUUAUUCAGUGAAGAAUCGUUAUACCACAGGGAGAACAUAUCCAAAACAUCCGAGUUUAUCGCAGUACUAGGUUCUAACACAGGAGAAAAUGUCCUGGAAUCUAGUUCCAAUGAUAAACAUAAGGAAAUGGUCGAAGUUUCAAGGGUGACGGGGAGCAUUCCUCCAGCAAAGUCGUAUUUUCAAAGGAUGAAAUUGAUUUCGACAGACCAAGCUACAUCUUCCUCAUGGUAUGAACUAUUGAUAGUUCCGAUGUACACUGCCAGAUAUCCAUCCGUUAUUUGGGCUUCUAUUACUUAUGGUAUCCAAAUCUGCUGGUUAAGCUAUUACUCAACAACUAGUUCUGAAUUCUAUAUGUCUCCACCCUAUAAUUUUAGUGGAUCGGCUGUCGGAUUGACUAGUCUUGGCAUGCUUGCAGGAUAUGUUUGUGGUUGUUCUUAUUCAUUCUUUUUAAGUGAUUGGUUCCAAUUAAAAGCAACUAGAAUGAACAACGGGAUCUUUGAACCUGAGUUCAGAUUGUUGUUAAUGCCGUUUCCAAUUUUGGUCAACAUGGCUGGGUUGUUCAUGUAUGGUCUUGGGGUGUAUUACGGAUUACACUGGUCAGUUUCAGUAAUUGGUAUUGGGUUUUUUUCUUUCUCCAUGGCAUCUAUUUCUUCACUUUCGAUCACUUAUGUCCUUCAAAGUUAUCCAAAGCAAGCCAGUCAAACAAUAACCGUAAUUUUAGUAGCGAGAAACUUGAUUGCCAUGGUUUUCACAUUUAUUACUCAAGAUUGGCUUGAGGGUGUUGGAAUGGUCAAUAUGAGUAUUAUGUUGGUGGUGUUUUGUGCUUUUUUUAACUUUUUGUUUCUAGUAUUCAGUUUUUGGGGUAAAAAGAUGCGUAAGUGGACAACAAAAUGGUACUUUAGGUAGAAAGAACUAAGCAGGAUGAAAUGUUGAUGUUGAAAUAAAGUGAUAUAUAUUAUCAAUGUAUACUAACUUUAAUCAAAUCACUAAAGCCAAAAUAGCACUCUUAAGGUUUACCAUGGAGUCACCAGCAACUAUAUGGUUAUGGUACACUGUUCUAUUAAGUGCUCAAUACCCUAAUAGGGUUUAACAAUUUCAUCAGCGGUAUUAAGUGAGCAAGUGGAUGCCUACUCAAUGGUUGAAGAUUACCGAUGAGUGGGAUCUUACCAAUAGUGUAGAUAAAGGUUUAUUCACUAUAUAUAAUCAAGACCAUCAGUUUGAU